CCCAUCCAAACCCAGAAACAAAAAACCCAUUCUUAUCCCUAAAUUCCAACUACAUAAAACCUAGCCACCCACCAUUCAAUUUGACAGUAGCACUGCAAAACUUUAACCAUCAGAUCUGAUGCGUGCUACAGUUGAAGGAGCUCGAAGAAAUCACCUGGGUCACUUCUUCCUCUUCUCUCUUGCCCAUUUGGCCUCCAAUCUGUCUUCUUCACCUUAUCGAACGGCGAACUCCGCCGUUGAUUCCUCUUCUUAUCCUUCUUUGGAGCCACGAACCCAGUUGAGAGAAUGAGUCAGGUUCCACUCAGAGGCGCUGCCAACCUGUCCCUGUGUCUCGUUCCCAUCCUUCAGCCUGUCCGAAAGAAUCUGCGAUUUGGGACAGGGCUGGCCAAGGGAAAAGCUAUGGUCUUGUGAGAUUUAGGUUUGAAUGCGGGAACCUAGGGUUUGAAUUUUGUUACCAAUGGUCAUGUAAUCUUCCUCAGCUCUCUGAUUUCUGAUACCCAUUUGCCCCACAUAACACCUCUUCUUUUCCCUGUGUUUUAUGAUUUAUCAUUUUUUCUCUUAAAAUUAAGUUGUGUUUUAGUUGCAGCAGAAAGCCACAAACUGAUCUGUAAAGUUUUAUGGUAUGAUAUAUGUGGGUUUCUUUAUGGUUUUUUUUUUUCUGGGUUUUUUUUUGCAUAUCAUGAAGAAGAUGAUGAAGAUCAUAGGGGAGGAGAUGAAGAUGAUAUAUUUAUGAGUUUUAAAUUUUUUAUUAAAAAAAAUAAAUAAAAAUAACACCUGGCCCCGUUAAUUUCAUGGGCCACCGGAGCUCCGACGUUGACCCAGAGCUCCGGAGGGAUGAAAACCAAACAUUUUGGCAAAGGUUAGGGACUAAAGCUCACCUUUACUCCGGCGAGGGACAAAAACCAAACAUAUGGUAAGUAAAGGUUAGGGACCAAAAACUUAUUUAAGCCUUUUUCUUACGCAGUUUUGAUUUUAGGUUGGUGAAAUGAGUAAUCAACCCACUGGUGAUAAAAUGUUGGAGAAAUUCACAUGGACAAUUAACAACUUCUCUAAGUUGGACUUAUCAGAGGAGGUGCCCUCUCAGACUUUCUUAAUCGGUGGCCAUUUAUGGCAGCAUUUUAUCUAUUCACGAGGGAACAACUUGACAAUUGUUUUGGGUGCUGGGGAUCUCGUUAUUUUGCCUCAUAUCCGGAGCAUAUUUGCAAAUUUCAAGUUGGCCCUUAUCAAUCAAGUCAAUGCCGAGAAGACAAUUACUGCAGGAUCUGAAUACCAGUUCACUGAUGCCUAUAAUUACGCUUGGCCUGUCAUACCUUUAGUUGAACUUCUUGACUCUAGAAAAGGGUUUAUCAUGAACGAUACUUGCAUUAUUAUAGCUGAGAUUGUACAUGUGAAUGAGGUCGCUAAUCCUUUACAUCAGGAAGUCUGCAUGUCAUCAUCACUAGCGGAGGAGCUUGUGGAUUUCAAGAAUAUUGGGAAAAUCGAAAAGACUUUUGUUCCAUACUUGGAGCUAGAGUGUUCAAACCACCCCUCCCUAAUUGAGUGUCACCAAAAGAGAAGUCAAAAGAGCAGUCGUAGGUUUACUGAAUGGGCGUUCACAGCUUUGGGUCGAGUUCUACAUUUUCUUCAUACUACUAAGGCGGAUGAUAUAAAUGCAGAUACUUCUAGUCAUCUCCAAAUUCUAUGGGAGGAACUUCAGUCAUUUAAGACAUUUAAUUUUGAUUUGACAUGGCUUGAGCCCGGAGUUCUAUGGUCCUUAGGUUGGGGAAGUUAUAAGGAGAAAGUUGUGCAAUUGAAAACAAUGAGGAAGAAUUUGGCAACUCUAGAGAUGGAAACUAACUCGCUGAAGGAGAAGAUAUCUACUGUAGAGGUAGAUCUCACAAUAGCAAGAAGAGAUCUUGAAGCAAGAAGAAGACAUUUAGAAGAGUUGAAUUCCGAGUUGGAUUCGGAUGGUGAACUAGAUUAGGUCGUUAAGGAAUUCACAUGUUGGUCGGUGUUUCUGUGAGGGGGAAAAAAGAAUAUUUUGUGUAAGAAGUUUAUGGUUCUUUUGACUGAGAAUGAGAAUGUUUCCAAUUUUAAAAUUA